CGUUUCUAAGGUUUGCACGCUCGACAUUUGACCAUCGCCGCUUGCCGUACUGACGUCAUCAGUAGAAGCCGAACGGAGCAUGUCAGAUUCCUUCAACUGAGCAUUCUUGACCUUUUAAAUCUAUCGCCUUCGAUUAAGUCAUAAUCCAUUAACGUCCUGCAGAAUGUCAGUCAAACAGGCUUCAGUUCAUGCCAAGUGGAUCAUCGGCAAAGUAAUUGGAACCAAGAUGUGCAAAACUGCUAAAGUGAGGGUUACAAGGCUGGUUCUCGAUCCCUACCUGCUGAAGUACUACAACAAGCGGAAGACUUACUUUGCCCAUGAUGCUUUGCAGCAGUGCACUGUUGGAGAUAUUGUUCUUCUCAAGGCUCUUCUGGAGCCCAGAUCCAAACAUGUGAAGCAUGAACUGGCUGAAAUAGUGUAUAAAGUCGGCCGGGUUAUCGACCCUUUGACUGGAAAAAGCGUUGCGGGAACAGAGUUUUUGGAAUCUCCGAUCGACCUUCAAAUAAAAAAGGAGACAACGUUGUCAGAAAAACUGCAGGAUUUAAACAUUUCUGCUGCUUCCAGUGAUUCCACAUCGGCACAAACUCCCUCAUGACUAAAAUCUGCCUCUUUGUUUCCUUGUAAUAUUUUUGUUUGAAGUGUUUAUAAAAAAAUAAAUACAUUUAUGAACAAGAA